AGCUUUAGGGCUUUUGGGCCGAAGCUCUGGACGAAGCUCUUAGCGACUCCAACUGUGACUGCAUGGCAGCUGUGUCCAUGGAAUUGGACGCCAAGGCCGCACCAAUGACCAGACCAGAGAAGAUUGCUGAGAGGCCGUGGCAGGGAGAGGCGACCUUCCCGGUGGAUCUCUCUCAGUACCACAAGGUGGCCAUCGAUCCUUUCAGUUCGGAGCACUUGACCUCCUCGCAGCGGGAGGCCUUGGCGCAGAACGUCGCCCUUUGCCGAGAUGCUUUGGUCUUCUUCACCGCCUGUGGCGGGGCCUCGGGCUAUGGCGGCCACACCGGCGGUGCCUUCGACAUGAUGCCCGAGGUUUGUCUUUUGGACUCCUUCUUCCGCGCACGACCCGACAAGUUUGUACCGACCUUUUUCGAUGAAGCGGGACACCGCGUGGCCACGCAGUACUUGUUCGCUGUGCUCCAUGGGCAGAUAGCGGUGGAGAGGCUGUUCGAGUACCGCGUGGGACAUAAGGCUCUACCUGGACAUCCAGAGCUGGGCUUGACGGAGGGCAUUGCCUUCAGCUCGGGUCGACUCGGCCACAUGUGGGGCCACGUGAAUGGCGUGGCCUUGGCCGAGCGAGAACGCUUGGUGUGCUGUUUCAGCUCGGAUGGUUCACAGAUGGAGGGCAACACUGCAGAGGCUGCACGCAUGGCGGUAGCACAGCAGCUCAAUGUGAAGCUCUUCAUCGAUGACAACGACACCACCAUCGCAGGGCACCCCUCCUCCUACAUGAAGGGAUUCAAUGUAGGGCAGACGCUGCAGGGCCAUGGCCUGCGGAGUGAGGACGUGCAGGGCGAGGAGUUGGAUGCGCUCUACGGGGCGAUGCGCCGAGCCGUGUUGCAUGAUGGGCCAUACGCUGUGGUCAUCAAAAGGUCCAUGUGUCCAGGUGUCCGCGACUUGGAAGGCUCCAAUGAAGGCCAUGAUGCCAUGCCUCUGAAGCACGCCGUCCAAUACCUGCAGGACCGCGGCCUCGACAAGGCUGCAGGUCUUUUGCAGCAAGUCCCCAAGACCAAAGACCCUCAAGAGACCUACCUGGGCGCGGGCAAAUUUGGUGCUCCACGACAGGUCUUUGGCGAGUCCGUGGUUCGGAUUUUGAAGCAGCUGGAUGCCGAGACGCGGAAGCGACAAGUGCUGGUGAUCGACAAUGAUCUGGAAGGCUCCUGUGGCUUGAAGAAGGUGGGCGAUGCCUUUCCCGAAGUCUAUGUGAAGGGUGGCAUCAUGGAGCGCAGCAACUUCGGCGCCUGUGGCGGCUUCGGUAGCUCCUCCGGGCGGCAGGCGGUCUUCGGCACCUUUGCGGCCUUCCAAGAGAUGAUCCUGAGUGAGGUUUGUAUGGCGCGGCUGAAUCACUGCAACGUUUUGUGUCACUUUAGCCACAGUGGUGUGGAUGACAUGUCGGACAACACCUGCCACUUCGGAGUCAACAACUUCUUCAGCGACCUGGGAUUGAAGAGUCAACAUGCUCCGGAGAUCCAGCUCUUCUUCCCAGCCGAUGUGCAUCAGACCGCUCAAGUCGUGGACAGGAUCUUUUGGCAAAGUGGUUUGCGGUUCAUUUACACCACCCGCUCCAAGGUCCCUGAGAUCUUGGAUGAGCAUGGCCAGCCCUUCUUCGCCGAGCGGAAGUUCGAGCUGGGAAAGGAUGACCUCGUGCUGGGCGACGACCACGACGCCGGGUACAUCGUCUCCUACGGCGACGCGCUCUACCGCGCCCUGGACGCGGCGCGGCAGCUGAGGCUCCAGGGGCUCAAGGUGGGCCUGGUGAACAAAUGUCACGUGAACGUGGUGGACGAGGACAUGAUGGAACUCAUCGGCAAAUCCCAAUUUGUCCUGGUGGUGGAGUCUCAGAAUCUGCGGACGGGGCUGGGCCUUCGCCUGGGCACUUGGCUCCUGGAGCGUCAGCUGACACCGCGCUUCGCACGGCUGGGCACUCACCGAGAAGGUUGUGGCGGCACUUGGGAGCAAGCCUACUACCAAGGCUAUGACUCGGGCUCCAUCGUCGCCAAGGUUCUCGAGCUGAAUCCAGGUCACAGCGCACUCAAGGAGCCCAUCAAGGGUCGUGCGGUGGCGCGACCCUUGGGUGCACACGUGUGAGGCGAGGGUUCAACGAAGAUGUCGGCCACGCCUGGAAUUCCCUCGGUGCCCAGCGCCGGUGGAAGGUGCAGUUGCGUGGGCUCGGCGCGGGGUUGGAGACCCCGGAUGCACCGGUGGAAACACCAACAGACGCGACGCUCUGCGGAGAUGUUUUGGAACAUUCCAAGGCGACCUGCGGACGGUGGUUUUGCAGUUGGAACCUUGGUUGCGACGCGGAAG